AGGCGACUUGUGCAGAACCAACAUCCAAAUAUGGACAACAGGGAGAUCAGUCGCAUCCUGGGCUCAAAAUGGCGCAAAAUGACGGAGGAAGAGAAAAGGCCCUUUACGCAGGAAUUCUUUGAGGAAAUGGAAAAGAUCCGCAACGAGCACCCCAGUUGGAACUAUGGCGGCAUCAGGACUGCCAAAACUCCCGGUUCCAAGGACAAGUCGUCCCCCAUCCCCUCACGCCUGCGUCCGCGAGAAGAUGACCUGCCUGUGGCGGGAACGACAGGAGGGAAGAAAAGAAAAUACAAAAGGAAGAGUCCUGUUCUGCAGCUGGUGAACCAGGCCAUGUGGGUGCAGUGUGACACCUGUGACAAGUGGCGCCAGCUGUCACCUGAAACUCACCCGCAGGAGCUACCUGACAAGUGGUACUGCCAUAUGAACGAAGACCCAAACUUCAACAACUGCGAGGCCGCGGAGGUGCCCUGGGAUGACAUUAUUGAUGUGCCUGUCAGCGAGCCUGGAGCUGACAUGGCGCAUCUUUUCACAGCCAUCAAAGAUGCCCCAGCUGUGGAGGAUACCCAUGAUGCACCUGUGCCACAAUCCUCAGCCUCCCCUACAAAAAGGACAAAGCUACUGUAACAGGUGUCCGAAUAAGGGUCAUUCCAUUUACAAAAAGGGGUGUGCAUGAGUGCUUGUUGAAAUGCUGAACACUGUAAAGAGUAUCAUGCACCCCUUGUCUUGCUCUACAAAGAGGUUCAACUUUAUGUAUUUCUUUUUAUAUCAAAUGUUGCUGUUAUGCUUUUUGUCAUGUUUACCUUCACAGAAGGGACACAUAUUGUUUUGCUAGGUUUCUUCUUUUUUUAUAGAUAGAUAAAGGUCAAUGACCCCGACCAGUUAGCUGCCUUCAUGAUUACUGGGGAAGUAGGAGACACCCUGGGUUGUUCAAUUACAUUAUGUAGCAAGUGGCAGGACAGAGCCGUGGGGCUGGUCACCAUGUAAAUGAAUGUGAUUGAGAAUAAACAUUACUUCGUUUGUUAGACAAUGUGAAAAUGAAUAAUAUGUAUUUGCUUACAAAUGUUACCAUACUAGGUGAUUUCGGUAUAUUCAACUGAACUGUAUGGUUACAUUGAGAAGGGAACACUAAACUUCUGUUUUAUGUUUUGCUGUAACACAAUUUCCGUUAAGAAACAUUCAGUUUCAAGAAAGAGACAGGGAAAAGCAGAGAUUAGCAUGAUUGAACUUCUGUGAAGGUAAAAAUGAAAGAACAUUUUGAAAGGAAUGUUGACUUACAAGAUGGAUUCUUUGUAAGAACCUUAAGGCAGAUAUGAAUGAAUUUCAAGAUCACUUAUAUCUCUCCAUGUGUUAUUGAAAUGUGAGAAUUUCAAAACGAAAUGCAUGAAAGGUUUCAAACUACUGCAAAAAACAACUGAAAAUUCAAUCUAACAUUCUUUUCAAUGUUGCAUAUCAAGUGAUAGUAUGAUUAUAUUGAUUUCUUUUAGGGCCAUUUUAUCUUCCUAAAAAUCUUACUAAUACAACAUCUUCUACAUGUCACAAAAUCAGUGGAUUUAAGAAUAUGCAUAAUCUGUGAGGGUGCCAUCUUUCCUGUCACAGUGAUAAAAUCAUACAUUAAAAUACUUAAUAAUAGAACACAUCUACAACUGACUUGGCAUACAAAGGUGGGAGGAUUUCUGUUUUAAUGUUAUAAAAGCUAUCAAAGUACGUAAUACAGUUGAGGGUGGGAUUAUUAUCUAUAGCACCCCUCCAAUAUUUCCACUGUAAAACAAUUACAGAAAUACCAUCAAGCACUUUCAAUUUGCUUUUAACACUUACCUUUCCUAUUCCAGCAUGAACUUCAUAUCAAACCUGAAUCUUUUAGCAAUAUGAUUGAUAAAAGUUUUACAGACAUGAGCCGUAGAAUGUGUUCAGUGUCUAGCGUAAGACACUAUGGAACACGUUAACAGUGAAAUUGACAAUAAGCAUGUUGAUUUGAUUUUGGGGAUGACAUCCGAUUAUGCAUAGAUGAGAUUUAUUUUGUUUAACAUAUAAAAAUGUUUUGGGCCAUAUAAGUCGUACUGAGGCAAAUACGAAUAUGCGCAGUAAGUUUU